AUGUCCCGCCUCGAGACGAAGCCGCUGUUGCCUCUUGGCAACGAUCACUCACUGCACAACGGCGAGUCGUAUGCUCGGCGCCUGCUUUCGAUCCCGCGAGAGGUCAUCCCGCUGUCUCUCUUCGCGUUCGGGGGACCUCCGGCUCACCUUGCGCUCGCCCACGAUCGAUUCGUGUAUAAGCAGAAAUGGCUAACGGACGAGAGGUUUUUGGAGGUGUUGUCCAUUGCAUCGGCCAUCCCAGGCCCGUCAUCGACGAUGACAAUCGCCGCUAUGGGGCUGUUCCGUGCUGGACCACUGGGUGGGCUGCUCGCCCUGAUCUUUUGGGUUCUGCCCGGGUGGAUCGCUUUGACGGUCGCUGGCUUCGGGGCCAAAACUUAUCUCCAAGAGGGCCUUCCCGUGUGGCUGACCGGUUUGGCACCAGCCGCUGUGUCGAUCGUCGUGAUCGCAGCGGUUCGGCUGUGGCAAAAAGCGUGUGAGGAUGACACGGCUAAGAACUUUGUAGCUUCGGCCUCUGCCUGUGUGAUUCUAGCUACACAAGGCAUGUCAUCACUGAUCUUCCCGGCGGUCAUGGCUGCAGGCGGCUUCAUAAUCUUGAUCUCGACACUAUGUGGCUAUUCCCAACCUCCGGUCACUAACGAUCGGGUUCUCUCUAGCCACCUUGAAAGGCAAAUUGGAAUUCAUCCGAUUGCAGGUGUCCUGGUUGUGCUCUCGUGGUUGGUAGUUCUGGUGCUACUUGCACACUACCACCCACAGAGCGGUGGUGAUCACUCGCUGCUAUCGCUAUUCUACACUUUCUAUUGGAUCGGCUCCAUCAUUUUCGGCGGGGGACAAGUGAUGCUACCAAUGCUGCUGGACAACAUAGUGAUGGCUGGGUGGGUCUCGAAGGAGCAGUUCUUGAUUGGUCUCGCUCUUGUUCAAUCUCUACCAGGCCCGCUGUUCAAUAUCUCGGCGUAUCUUGGAGCUCUCAUCUACGGUGUUCCCGGGGCUUUCAUUUCGAGUGUUGGUCUGUUCGGUCCCGGUAUAAUCCUCUUCUUUGGCCUGCUCCCGCUGUGGGAACGCGUGCGUGGCAACAGGAGCCUGCAGAUUUUCCUAUCCGGCGUCAAUGCAUCUGCAACUGGACUCAUUGUGGCUUCCUUUUUCUUGUUGUGGGACAAAGCAGUACAUACUAACGCGAGCGCAGCGGUGGGGCUCGCAACGGCGUUGAUGGUUGGUGUGUUUCGUGUUCCAACGUCGAUGGCUAUCAUCGUUGGAGCCAUCUUGGGCUUUCUGCUCUCCCCUGAGGUCUUCGAUCUCGGCCAGAAAGAUUUCUGCAGCUGA